AUGGCAAGCGCCAGACCGCCGUCUCAGGGAGUGCCGGAGACGCCUAUGUCUAUCGUGUCAGGUUCUAGAACACAUCCCUUGUGGGAGGAAACGCUAGGCGAACUGGUCGACCGACAUGCCACCAAGUACGGCGCACAAACAGCGGCACUCUUCCCAUGGCAGCAAAACCACAGACUUUCCUACAAUGAUCUGGCCUCGCGCAGCGAAACUAUUGCCAAGGCGAUGCUCGCCAGAGGACUCAAGCAUGGGGACUACGUGGCCAUUAUGGCAGGGAACUGCUACCAAUACAUUGAAACCUUGCUUGCUACAGCGCGAAUAGGUUGUCCAUUUGUGGUCAUCAACAACACAUAUACGCCCAAAGAGCUGGUCUCAGCAUUACGAGUGACCUCAUGCAGACUUUUCCUUAUUGCGUCAACUAUCAAGUUAAAGAAUCUGUCAACUCACAUCGAUGAAGUGCAAAAAGAGCUACCCUCGCUACCCUUGGUAGUGAUAGGGAACAGAUCGGGAAAGCAUGACUACUCGUCGUUCGCAAAGGAGGGCCGCACAGUCACGACGACAUCCUUGAAGCAAGCAGAGAGCCUCGUUAGAAACAGUGACAUAAUGAAUCUACAGUUCACUUCCGGGACAACGGGUAUGCCCAAAGCAGCCAUGCUAACGCACCGGAACCUCAUCAACAAUGGCCGCUUCGUAGGCGAAGCUAUGAACCUGAGUUCUUAUGAUGUCGUAUGCUGCCCGCCACCCCUCUUCCACUGUUUUGGCCUCGUCAUGGGCUUCCUCGCCUCGUUUAUCCGUGGCAGCACCAUCGUGUUUCCCUGCGACCAGUUCGAUGCAGAUGAAGUCCUCCAGGCGCUCUACUCUCACAAGUGUACUGCUCUGCUUGGCGUUCCGACCAUGUUCAUCGCCGAGAUCGAAGCCAACAAGACAAAGAAGCUGGACAUCACCACUGUCCGGACAGGUCUAGCCGCAGGGUCAUCUAUAAGCCCCAUCUUGAUGGAGCGACUGGAGCGUGAGUUUGGUGUUCGAGGCAUGUUGAUAGCCUACGGAAUGACUGAAACCAGCCCCGUUACGUUCAUCACCUCCUUGGACGACAACGAGGAAAAGCGAACGACAACCGUGGGCAGAGUACUACCUCACACUGCAGCCAAGAUCAUCGACCGUGAGGGCGCCAUUGUCCCUCGCGGCGUCAGGGGCGAGCUGUGCACUAGCGGCUAUGCGCUGCAGAAAGGGUACCUGAACAACCCGAGCAAAACGAACGAGGUCAUGAAACGAGACGAGCACGGCGUGCUGUGGAUGCACACUGGCGACGAAUGCAUCAUCGACAAAGACGGCUACUGCUCCGUAACUGGGCGGAUCAAGGACAUAAUCAUUCGAGGCGGAGAAAAUAUGUUCCCUCACGAAAUCGAGUCUCUGCUGGCCACUCAUCCAUCUAUUGCCGAAGCCUCUGUCGUCGCUGUCCCUGACGCCAGGUACGGGGAAGUAGUCGGCGCGUUUCUUCGCGAGAAUCCACCUCAGGCCGCCUCCAGUGGCUCCCUGCCGGAUACGGCACUGCCGCAAGAUCCCAGAAGUCGUAAAAGCUCACGACCUAGUUGGCGUGAGGUCAAUAAUUUCGUGCGGAACCAUCUGGGUAGUCACAAAGCUCCCAGAUACGUGUUCUGGAUCGGCGACGAGGGCGUGGGUAACGAGUUUCCAAAGACAGGCAGUGGGAAGAUGAUGAAGCAUGUUCUCAAGGAUGUGGCGAAGAGGCUUGUCAAAGAAGGUAAAGGAGAGGGAGGAGCAGAGUUGAGGGCAAAACUAUAG